UUCUUUUGUACGUGCGCGUGCGUAGUUGAUCGCAGUUAUACUGCGCGUGUGCAGUAGAGCUCUCUUUUUCUGUUUUGGAAGGUGGCGGUUGGGUCGUGGCUGUUUUCACUGUGAAACCGGGCCCACCUUCUCUCGAAGAAUCAUGCAGCUGUUUCUACGUGCUCAGAAAACCCACACAGUUGAUGUGACUGGGGAAGAGACCGUCGGGCAAAUUAAGGCCCAUGUUGAAUCCCUGGAAGGAGUCUCUGCUGUUGACCAAGUGAUCCUCUUGGCUGGCACUCCCUUAGAUGAUGAUGCUGUCAUAAACCAGUGUGGUAUUAGUGAGCACUGCACUCUUGAAGUAGUUGCUCGAUUGUUGGGUGGUAAGGUCCAUGGAUCCCUUGCUCGAGCUGGAAAAGUAAAAGGUCAGACUCCUAAGGUUGCAAAACAAGAGAAGAGGAAAAAGAAGACUGGCCGAGCAAAGAGGCGCAUGCAGUACAAUCGCCGUUUUGUAAAUGUUGUGCCAUGCUUUGGAAAGAGGAAGGGACCAAAUUCAAACUCGUAAAAUGUUUUUCAUUGAAUCACUGAAUUGACAUCUGCUUUGUGCAUAUGGACUGGCUCACUUGGCUGGAACUGUGCCAAAUGAAGUAAUUGGCUUGUAUGCUAUUCAAAUCUUAAGAUUUUUCCUGAAACUUUCCAGCAACUUUUAACAAAUGUCUUAAUCGAAGCUGAAAUAUAACUGUAUAUUUGAUUCACUAAAAUAUACAAGAAUUCCACAAAAAACACUUGUUAAUGUACUUUCAUAUUUGUUCUUUGAUACAUUCUGCGCAUGAAGUAUGGACUUAAAUUCCAGCUGCAGUAUUUACUAGAUUCUACACUGAUUUUAGUAAAUUUGGGCACAAAUACCUGAGUGCAGUCUUGGACAUCAUGAAAUUAGGCUACUAAUGCAGCAUCAUGAGUCACCUCACUGAAGUGUUAAUACAGUCAUAAGUAGGAGUAGUAAUAAAUAGUUACCAUGCCUUAGGCUUUGAAGUAAAAAAAAAAAUUGAUAAACCUGUCAUGCAUAGCACAGUGACACUGCUGCCUCACAGCCAGGGACCUAGGUUCAAUUCUGCCCUUGGGUGACUGUUGGAUUUCCUCCCACAGUCCUAAGAAAUGCAGGCUAGGUGGAUUGGCCAUGCUAAAUUGCCUGUAGUCUUCAGGGAUGUGGAGAUUAGGUAGGAUGGGUUUGGACUUGUUGGGCUGAAGGGAUUCUGUGAUCCUCGUCUGAUGACAUUUGCAAAAAGCAUUUGAUAAAUCAACCUGUUGAGUUCGGAAUCAGAAUUGAACAGAGAAUAUUCAAAAUUAUCUAGUUUCUUUUAAUACUGUCACACUUAGGACAGUUCAGGUUCUAGGCCCAAUCCAUCUUCAACAAAGAUCAGAAUUAGAACAUAACGUAUUCAACAAAGGCUGUUGAAUAAGGCAAAUGUCUCAGUACAUACACAUGUGCUAUAGUGAGCAUUUGUUUUUGCCCACGUUUCUCCCUAUCCACAAAUUUAUUUAGCAGCUCUUGCUAACUCGAAGGAAGUACAAACUAAUUCGUACUCCUUGGGUGUCACCAGAAAUUGGUAUCCUGGGCAGUACUUGAACUUUCAGCAACUUGUGAAACCAGCUGAAAUGAUACACAAGAUUAGCAGUUGCAAGCCUUUUAUGUUCUACUAUUGUAUUUAACACCACACAUUCAGAAGUACAUUUGACCAUAAAACCUGCAGUCACUCAAACAUUUUAUUUGUUUGCCAUGUGAACAGUUCUUGUCUUAAUAAAAGCAUAACUAGUUCUGAGGUACAAGAAUUAACAAAAUCAGCAAAUAAAAGCUGCCUUUCAUGUAAUCACAUUAAACACUCAAUUAGAUAAGUUUCUAUACAAAUACACAGUUGUUCUUAAGCUGCAUACUUUAUUUAACAAGGGACAUUCAGUAAAACAAUGUUGGCCAAUUCAAAGGCAGUGUUUUGCAGGAUGCAUUCAAGUUACUCAAUGUCCACUAGCUCAACUUCAAAUAUUAGUUUAGCAUUUGGUGGAAUUCUGAUUUACAGUUAAAGAAAAUAGUUAUAUUACUAAAAACUCAUGAUCUUUUCCACAAGCUAAUACUUUUUGCUAAACCAUUAUUGUGUAUCAAAGUUCAGAUAGGGAAGCUGGUACUGCAAACAUUAAAGUUCAUGUUUUAUUCCCCAUUGUGUGUUCACAGCUACGGUCUCUGCUCAAUCUCCAAUUGUUGCUAUUAGAAAUAGCUUCUUCAAGACUGAAUAAAUAUUCUCUUUUUGCUGCUGUAUCAGCUAAACUUAGCUGAGCUCCUGUCUUCUGCAGUUUAAGGUGGGGUGGGGGGAGGAAACUAUUUUCAGCAAGCUAUAAUAAAAGGAUACUUGGCUUCUGGCUUUCCUUUCUUACCAUAUCCCCAGUCGGAUUCAAUCUGUAGCCGGGCCUUUUCCCCUUUACUCAUGGUCAAGAGUGCUUCGUCCCACUGCAAAACAAAUUACAUGAUAAUUUUAAAACAAACUUUCUAAUUGUGCAAAGGCCUGUAUUGGUGAAUGUGUUAUCCAAAGAAGCCACAAGGGUUUAGUAACAGAAUUGAUCUUUAUGGAGUUGAUAGAUUUCAAAUGCAGCCAGCUUGAUAAAUUUGGUCUCAUUAGCUUUGAGGACAGGAAACUACAAUCAAAGUUCCAGUUCCUCACUGCAUUUAAUGAAUUAUUCUGUAAAACAUUUGUGUGGCCAUUAUUACAGGAUCUAAGACUUAAUGUUCUCAGUUGUCAAUUAGUUUGCAAAAAAUUGAAGAAUGGUCAGUUUGUAGGGGUCUGUUAGUGCUGUUUAUCAGUACACUAUGUAAAUAAUAAUUUAAAUGCAAUUUUGAUAAAGGUAAAAGUACACAGCUCUGUAAACUGUACUCUUACCCCUCGAAUAACUUUUCCAAUUCCUACUUUGAAGCUCAGAGGUUUUGUUGCUUUUUUCUUUUUGGAACCUAUAAAAAUAAAUUCCAUUAAUCAUUUAAGAGUGAAUUGGCUUAAAUCCCAUUCACUUAUCUUAAUUUAUUUGGCAUUCUCUACACCAUAUAAAGUAAGGUCUUUCUUUACAAUUUAACCCAAAAAGACCAGUUAACUCUAAACAGCUUCGGAAAUAUUCUUAAGCUCAAAUCACUAUUUUCAGCAGCGUUGUAGAAGAAGCAAAUUUUCAAAAUACUUGUGUAGUAAUAGCCUGUGGCCAAUAAAUAAAAUGAAACAAAAAGUGUAUAUUAGUCAUGGAAUCAUUUAUGUCACAGAAGGAGUUCAACCAUAGCAGCAAUCCAGUCAAUCCAACUCUCCCACUCAGUCUCUUAUCCCUACAUGUUUAGUUCCUUUAAGUACCCAUCAAAUUUUCUUUUGUAAUUAUUGUUUCUGAAUCUACCAGCCUUGUGGUGAGUAAGUUCAAGAUCAUAACUUCGCUGCAUAAAAAUGUUCCUCUUUAUAUUCCCUCUCCCAAAAUCUUAAACCUGUGUUUCCUAGUCUUUGCAUUAUUGAGAAUGGGAUUUUUUUCUGGUCUAGGUUUUAAAAGCUCCAGGGUCUCUCGCGGUAUGGUGGUAGUGCCCCGACUUCUGGGCUAGAAGGUUUGGGCUCAAAUCCAACCUGCAUCACAGGUGUGCAAAUAACAUCUCUGAACAGGUUGAAUUAGAAAAUACCUUUAAAAAAUACUCGAAGCAAAGGUUUGGCACAACUUCCCUCCUCCGUCCUUAAUGUCUCAAUGAAGCCCAAGAUCCCUUAAGUUUUGCCAACUGCUUAGGUCCUUGUGCUGUUGCUCUCUUAUAAAUCAAAACCCAGCUAAGUUUAUCAACUACAAUUCAAAACAACAAACUCCAAAGUUUAAACUAAAUUCACCGAAUAAACAGAAGGUGCCAUGAAUUCUUAAUGUAAUCUAUCAGGACAAGACUAAAUACUUAGUGCAACAAUAAAAAAGAUAAAGGAAAUCAAAUGCCCUGCUCUCAAGUCUCCAAUGUAUUCAGAAAACAAAAAUCAUUGAGACAAGUCUAAAAUUUGUCACUUUGAGAAAGCAUAAACUAUUUUAAAUGUUUAAAACAGUAGCUUACAUUAAUGUAUCUCCUGAAAAAUAAGAAUGCAAAUGUCAGUCACUAAAUACAUUUUCUUGUUUUUGACAGCUCUUUAAAAAAAUGUAAAACACUUAUCACAUCCUUAAAGGUUGAGGAAGGAGUUGAAAGCAUUGUGUUUUGUAAAAAUAAGGAGGAGAGAAAAUAGCACUGCAUUUGAAACUAUUAUAUGAAGUUUCCUGUUUACAACAAAUUCAUAACAACAUCUCGUAACCUCUCCACUACACAAAAUCUGUUUAAAAGACUCUAUGGUGUGAUCUAAGAGUGAAGUUGGGGAUUUUCAGUCUGGUUUAUCUGCAUUCAUAAUUAAACAAUGUGACAAGUUCGCUGAAUUACAAAGAGAAAUGAACAAGAUUAUAUUUUAAAAGUAAGGAUGUAGAUCAGCUUGGAAGUAUAGGCAAUAUCAUACCUCAAACUUGCUCAGAGUCCAAAUUAUUUAGUUUAAUUUAUAAAACACUUCUAUUGUAUUAGAUUCUUACUAGAGGCAAUAUUUGUGUCAAAAAUAGUCCCAUCUUCUAAUGAUCCUGUGUACCAACAGUGGACAGUGUCACCCUUCUUUGGAAAGUUGGUUUUGUCUCCUUUUUGCAAAAUGGAUUUGGUAUAUUUUGGUGGUUCCUAGAAAUGAUCAUAAAGAUGUUGAAAUUGUAGUGAGAACAAGAAUUUUAUUCAUUUAAUUAAGUUUCAAAUCAUAAUAUUUCAAACAGGCAAAAAUGGUACAAAAUAAACUAACAUUAUCUAACACCUAUAGUUUGUGGCACAGAAUUUUCUUUAAAAAAGUGUUCUAUUAGCAUUUGAUUCAGUCAGCAACUUGAAAUGUGGAAAAAAACACUCUGAAUUGUGAAUUAUCACAAUUGCUGGCUGAUUUGUCCAGUUCUAUCAUUAGCCUCGAGAGAAUAGCAUCUUGCCUUUAACCUGUGAUUUUCACGGAAUUUCAACUCAGAAAUUAAAAAUGCAAGUGUGCACUUAAUAGUGUCAUAAUCAUAGGCUAGACAAGUUCACAAGCCCAGGUGAACAUCCAAAAAAAAUGGAGUUUCACUUCCUCAGGUUGUAAGUUAUUGGAGAUUUUGUAAACAUUAUGUUAAAAACACAAUCUUCUAUUGUCUCUAUUUUUCUUUUAACCCUUUCUUUCGUCCUUUUUUUUAAAUGUUCCUAUACCUGAUAUGACAAUUAAUUCACCUACUCAAAUCUACUGUUGUAUUUACUCCAUCUAAUUUUCAAUUCUUUAAAGUUAAGUAGAUUUCUUACUGUUCACCAUACUGUUUUGCGUACUAUGAUCAACUUGUACCUUUAUCAAUGUUGUGGACAAAAAUAUUU